AUCAAUUGAGAAAAGUCAAACAGACAAAAUUCUCAGUUGAAGAAGUUGAAGCUAAUGCAGAUGUAGACAUAGUUGAAUCUAAUGCAAAUAUAGCUAAAGCUGAUAUAGAUUUAGUUAAAGCUAAUAUAGUUGAAGAAAUAGAAGAUAUAAUAGAAGAUUUAGUUAAAGAUAAUAAUAAA